UCUAAGCCAGCAGUUCAAACAGGUAUAUCACAAACUUAUCCCCUUACAAGGGCAAUGUGCUUUGAAGCUACUGUCUCUUUGAUUCGUCCUUUAAGACCACAAUUAAGGAUAUAUAUAGGCCCCUGCGCUGUUCAAAGCAGCGUGGAAAGAUCAGUGCACGGAUUGACAGUCAAGUGAUGUCGUUUGCACAGGUGUGUGUGUGUGUGUGGAAGCGUGUAUCCAAGUUUAUGUUAACGUUACAUAAAACGGGUGCAAUAAAUCAACAACCGAGUGAGAAAAUUACGCAAAUGGGGGUUUUCCUCUGCUCUCUACUGCACCUGAGUCAUUUCGAAAUAGUGGGCGUUGGGUUAUAAAGUGAUUAGGGUAAUGGCAAUUCCACUUUCAUGCUGUUUGGCACACACUCUCUUUUCCCUGCGUGCUCCUUUCACACUGCUGACUCAAACUGCAGAGAUCGCAUUCACGGCUCAUGAGCACAGCACUCAAGCUAGUAUGUGCACAGCAAAAUAUGAUCAUCAGGUUUUCAGAUCGGUGGGUUGGAUGAUGUUUUACUCCUCAAUUUUCUUUACACAAAGUUUAUGGUUUCAUUACUGGACUAUAUUACCUCAAGAAGCAUUUUGCCGUGGUUUCGUCGUCUUGCAAAUCAGACAAAUGUCGUCCACGGUUAAGACGGUAAUCUUUGUUUUAUCAGGUUAAUGGCUUUCUAUGCUUUGUUGUCUAGCCUAUUAUUGUCAUAUUGCUUUUUUAGAAAUACAUUUUGCCCUUCUCUCGCUGAGUUCCCUGCACCUCACCCCGAAAUCGAGCUUCAUACGUCAAAACCUCAAAUAAAAAUAAAAUAAAAUACAAAAAAAAUCUGCCACACAUAAAUAGGAAGCACAUCCCCAGGUCCUAUUUAAGUUUCUGAGGUUGAAGUACAUUUGUGUUGUGCAAAACAUUGCUUCUGAUUACUGCAUAGGUGGUGAUGUGAUUAUAUUUCAAUAACCCAUCAACAAGUGUAAUUAUUCUGCAAACAUUUAAGAAUAUGAAAACAACUGUUCUUCACUUCUUUUUCAAUCUCUGUAUACAGUAAAAAGAAAUAUUGACCAAAGUGCAAUGUAUCAUUUAAGAAGGCAUGUAAUAGUUGUCAGAUGACUGAAAAAAAAAAAAAUCCAAUAUAAAUAUUAUGAGUUGAAAUAUACUACUCCCUUUUACACAAGAUGCUCAACUGAGUGCUUGGUUUAUCUAUAAAAAGAGGAGGAUUCAAUGUAAAUAGGAAUUCAUGGAGAUAAUGUAGGACUGUACAUUGGAUGCUAUGUGUUUGCUCCAACUGCAACUGUAAUCUUCAAUCAUCUCAGAAGGUUUCAGUGUGUCCAUCAGCAGUGUGAGUGGUUAGUUAUUAAUGGUUUGUAAUUGAUUAAUAAUCCACUGAAGAUCAAACAUGGGCAAGGGGAGAUUUGAGGAGGGGGUGAAAGAGCCACCCUUCAAAGGGGGGGCGCAGAUAGCACCUUAAAGGUGAAGGAGAUGGCCCUCAUUUGCAUAAAAAUGAAAGUUGCGGUCUUGAUCUGGAGCAUUUAACCAAUGCGCACCGUCCUGGUGCAGCACACGCUGCUGCCGCAGCAAUUGAAGAGAGGAGUGAAGUGAGGAGGUGAUGAGGAGGAGGAGAGAGAGAGAGGAAAACCCUGAAGUGCACUGGAGCAAAGGGGAGUAUCCCGAGGUGAGGAGGAGAGAGAGAGAGCGCUGACACGGGGAUGAGAGACUAAUAAAUAGCUAGCAGAGGAGAGGAGGAGAAGGGACACUGGUUUGUGCACUAAGACGUUUGCACCCAUCAAGAUAAGGCGGGACGUUCACUAGCGGACUAACUAAUUAACGGCGCUGGAGACUGCGCCAAAACGCACCGGGGAUCCCUGCGUCUACACGUGCAACUUUUCCUUCCGCUCCGCUUGACGGACCUUCUGUGCGAGGAGCUUUCCACAGCCCCAUCACUUGGAUCGUGCUGCAGACCGGGAGUCGUGUCUGUGAUGGGGGCAGCGGCGGAGGUUGGGAGCUUUAACGGGUUUCUGGACAGCUUUGGUGCCGCCGCCGGAGCCUCGGCACCCGUCGGCUCUCAUUUCGUUCUCACCCCGGCCGGAGCGAUGGACUACAACUCGGUGAGCGGGCUGAUGAUGGGGGGACAGACGCAGGAGCACCUGGUGUCCGCGGAGCGACUGUCCCGGAGCUUAGCGGACCUGAGCCACCUGAAGGGGAUUCUGAGGCGGCGGCAGCUCUACUGCAGAACCGGCUUCCACCUGGAGAUCCGCCCCGAUGGCACCGUGCAGGGGACCAGGAAGGACCACAGCAGAUUCGGUAUUUUGGAGUUUAUCAGUCUGGCUGUGGGUCUUGUGAGCAUCAGAGGAGUGGACAGUGGUCUUUACCUCGCCAUGAACAGCAAGGGAGAGCUGUAUGGAUCGGAGAAGCUCUCUGCAGAAUGCGUCUUCCGGGAGCAGUUUGAAGAAAACUGGUACAACACUUACUCGUCCAACAUCUACCGACACGGAGAAAAGGGUGCCUUUUACUUUGUUGCUUUAAACAAAGAUGGGACAUCCCGCGAUGGGACAAGGUCAAGGAGGCAUCAAAGGUUCACUCACUUCCUACCAAGGCCCGUGGAUCCGGACAGAGUACCAGAACUAUACAGGGAUGUACUGGGCCAAAGCUGAACACCAAGUCUUAAAACCUCUCUUGGCUGAGAGGUGACCCAAGUGCACCUCAUCCCAACCUUCUGUAAGACAGAUCGAAGGUGGGGGCAAAUAGGGAUCAUGGCGAACACCACCAUAUCAGCACUCCCCCAACAAUGGAAGGAAGGACAGUGACCUCCUCCGAAGCAGUCGGGAAGUGGGACAGAAAAGCACAAUUGGAAGAUAUGAUGGACAAGGUGACCCAUGUCCCCUCAAUGGCCUAUGCAGAGGAUCAUAUAUGAAGAUGUGACCAUUACUAAAUCCAACCUUCUGCUGGUCCUAACUGCAUGUUUCUGCAGGCACAUGUGUGACACUGAUAUCAGAGAUUUGCAGGUGUAGCCUGUCCUACUGUGGCAGGUUAGUUUUGUCAUUAAAUGUGGCUGCUAAGUAAAACCUUUCCACAGAUACAUCAUCACUUUUGUAAUGUAACAGGUUUACAAAAAAGGUAGUUUUAUGCACUGGAAAGGAGCCAUGUUUGCUUUGGGAGAUCCAAUGGAGACUCUACUGAUUAAAAUGGACUUCUGUUGCUUCGUAGUCGGAUGCUGCUCACAGAAUGUGCAUGAGGGAAGAAAGAAGAAUCACAGAUAAGACUACUUAUCGAAACUACUUCUUCUGUGAUGGAAUAUCAUGUCUGUUCUUUUGGAUAGUCAUUCCGGUGAAGGAAUUUGUUGUUUUUGACUAGUUAAAGUCAACCAGCAUGGGAAAGAUAGAGACACCUUUACAAUCAUGUCAGCAGAUUUUAUUCUUAUUUAUAUUUUGUUUCUUAGGAAAAACACUAUAUUUAUUUCAUAUAUUUAUUUAUUUGAGAAUAUAUUUUUACAAGU